CUGGAUCUCAUCUUUGAAAAAUUGUCGGCAAAAUUUGAAGAGAAGAAGCAAAAGAUCCUGGCAGCCCAACUGCACUCCACAGACACACCUACACAAAUCACCCACAUGCACCGAUCCACAUCAAAGCCUCCUGGUAACCGAAUGGGUUGGGAGGCCCUUCUGCUUGCAAGGCAAAAGUCAAAGGAGCAAGACAUCACUGUCUCCUCGGGGCCUGAAGCAGAACUUGCACCAGUUAUGGAACUUCCGGGGACUCGAGCUAUGGGGCAGCACUUCUUUUAA